UCACUGGUGAGGUCGGAGUCACGUCGAGACGUGGCUGUUGGGUGGAGACCGGCUCCGACAGGCUGGCUCACAGUGAAAUCUGGCGACUCGCUUCUGCGACUGUCAGGGUCCACUGUUGUAGGGGGCGCUCUUAGAGAUGGGCAUGGUUGCUUCCUAGGGGACUAUUCGAUGAACCUGGGGAAAUGCACAAUCACUCGCGUGGAGCUAUGGGGCGCACUCAAGGGCCUCGAACUUGCAUGA